AUGGCCGCUGCCGCUGCAUCCGCAGAACUUGACCCGAGCAAUGGCUCAAAGAACACCCUCAAACUCGAAAAUACCGAAAAGCGAGACACCCUGAUCGCAAUCGAGAAGAAGUACCAGGCACAAUGGAAGGCCAACAAGGUCUUCGAGGUCGAUGCGCCCUCUUUCGAGGAAGCCCCCCAGGGCGCCAUGACCCCCAGCGAGCUCCGUGAGAAGUACCCCAAGUUCUUCGGUACCAUGGCCUACCCUUACAUGAACGGUACCCUCCACGCCGGACACACUUUCACUGCCAGUAAGGUUGAAUUCAUGACUGGAUUCGCUCGUAUGGAGGGCAAGCGCGCCCUCUUCCCUAUGGGUUUCCACUGCACCGGUAUGCCCAUCAAGGCCUGCGCCGAUAAGCUCGCCAACGAAGUGAAGAUGUUCGGUCAGAACUUUGAAGGAUAUAAGGAGGAAGAGGAGGCUGCCGCGGAGCCCGUUCCUGCCCCCACCCAGCAGGUCAACGCCCAGGCCGAGAAGUUCUCCGGCAAGAAGAGCAAGGCCGCCGCCAAGACCGUCAAGACCAAGUACCAAUUCCAGAUCAUGCUGGCAAUUGGUGUGCCUCUGGAUGAGAUUCACAAGUUCGCCGAUGCUGCCCAUUGGCUAGAACACUUCCCCCCUCUUGCUAUCCGUGACCUCGACAGCCUGGGUGCCCGUAUCGAUUGGCGCCGUCAGUUCGUCACCACCGAAGCCAACCCUUACUACGAUGCCUUUGUGCGCUGGCAGAUGAACCGUCUGUACGAGCUCGGCAAGAUCCAGUACGGUAGCCGUUACACUAUCUACUCCCCCAAGGACGGCCAACCUUGCAUGGACCACGACCGUACUGACGGUGAGGGUAUUGGUCCCCAGGAAUACUCCGCCAUCAAGCUUCAGGUUAAGGAGUGGUCUCCCCAACUGACUGAGCUUGUGAAGGGCAAGAUUGAGGAUGACGCCAAGGUGUACUUCGUUCCUGCUACUCUCCGUCCUGAGACUAUGUACGGCCAGACCAGCUGUUUCGUUGGCCCUAAGAUCAACUACGGUCUCUUCAAGCUGAGCGACAAGGAGUACAUUGUUGUUACCAAGCGUGCUGCCUGGAACAUGGCUUUCCAGGGCCACUUCUUCGGUGACAAGUUCGCCAAGAGCCAGGACGAACUCCCACAGGUCCUCGAAGCACCUGGUUCUGCCUUUGUCGGAACUCUGGUGAACGCCCCCCUGUCUUUCCACACUGAGGGUAUUCGCAUUCUUCCCAUGGAGACCGUCUCAGCCGCCAAGGGUACUGGUGUUGUUACUUCAGUCCCCUCUGACAGCCCUGACGAUUACGCCACUUUGAUGGAUUUGGCCAAGAAGGCCGAUUACUACGGCAUCAAGAAGGAGUGGGCUGAGCUGGAAAUCUUCCCCCUCAUUGAUACCCCCACCUACGGCAACCUGACCGCUCCUGCUCUGGUCAAGGAGCUGAAGAUUAACUCUCCCAAGGACGCCGUUCCCCUGGCCAAGGCCAAGGAGCUGGCCUACUCUGAAGGAUUCUACAAGGGAACUAUGCUGGUUGGCGAAUUCAAGGGCGAGGCCGUCAGCGACGCCAAGGACAAGGUUCGCCAGGCUCUUUACGCCAGUGGCGAUGCUUUCCCCUUCGCGGACCCCAUGGGCAAGGUUGUCAGCCGUAGUGGCGACGAGUGUGUCGUUGCCUACUUGGGCCAGUGGUUCCUGAACUACGGUGAGAACGAUGCCGAGUGGCAGUCAGAGACUCUCGGCCACGUUGUCAACAACCUCAACACCUACUCUGCCGAGUGCAAGAACGGAUUCGAGAAGAAUCUGUCAUGGCUGAACCGCUGGGCCUGCGCUCGCACUUACGGUCUUGGCUCCAAGCUGCCAUGGGACAAGCAGUUCCUGGUUGAGAGUUUGAGUGACAGUACCGUCUACAUGGCCUACUACACCAUUGCCCAUCUCCUUCACGGUGACCGGUACGGUAAGACCACUGGUUCCCUCAACGUGACCGCCGAGCAGAUGACCGAUGAAGUGUGGGACUACAUCUUCACCCGCCGGGAGAUCAGUGACGAGCUCAUCUCCAAGAGCGGUAUCAGCAAGGAAUCACUGCAGAAAAUGCGCCGUGAGUUCGAGUACUGGUACCCUCUCGAUGUCCGUGUUUCCGGCAAGGAUCUCAUCCAAAACCACUUGACCUUCUUCCUUUACAUCCACGUUGCUCUGUUCCCUAAGGAGUACUGGCCCCGUGGUGUCCGUGCCAACGGUCACUUGCUCCUCAACGGUGAGAAGAUGAGUAAGAGUACCGGUAACUUCCUGACUCUCAGGGAAUCCGUGCAAAAGCUGUCGUCCGAUGCGACCCGUAUCGGCCUGGCUGACUCAGGAGAUACAAUCCAAGACGCGAACUUCGACGAGGCCGUUGCCAACAGUAGCAUUCUCCGUCUUUACACCCUGAAGGAGUGGAUUGAAGAGGUCGCCAAGGACGAGACUCUCCGCACCGGCCCUGCUGACGCCUUCGCCGACAAGCUCUUCAGCAACGAGCUUAACAACCUCGUUCGCGAGACCCAGAAGCACUACCAAGACACUGACUUCAAGCUCGCCCUGAAGUCUGGUCUCUACGACUUCAUUAGCGCCCGUGACAGCUACCGUGAGGCUGUCACUGCCGCCGGUGUUGGCAUGCACCGUGAUGUCGUCCUGCGCUACAUUGAGCUUCAGGCCCUCAUCAUGUCGCCCAUCAUUCCCCACUGGGCUGAAUACAUUUGGCUCGAGGUCCUCAAGAAGCCCGAGACCAUUCACUUCGCUCGCUUCCCCGUUGUUCCCGAGCCUUCGGCCGAGCUGACCGCUGCCCAAAACUACGUCCGUGGCACUGCCAGCAACAUCAUGAGUUCCGAGGCCAACUUCGCCAAGAAGCUCUCCAAGGGCAAGGCCGCUGGCUUUGACCCCCGCAAGCCCAAGAAGCUUACUAUCUUCGUUGCCAAAAAGUUCCCCGCUUGGCAGGAGAAGUACAUUGACUUGGUGCGCGACGCCUUCGACUCCCUGAGUGUCUCCUUCAAUGACAAGGAUCUGAACGCCAAGGUCGGCAAGCUCGGUGAAAUGAAGAAGGCCAUGCCCUUCGUUCAGACCCUGAAGCGCCGCCUUGUAAAUGGUGGCGAGGCCCCUGAGAACGUCUUCGAGCGUAAGCUUCCCUUCGACGAGUUCGCCGUUCUGGGCGACAUGGUCAUUGGUCUCAAGCGCACUGCUGGCUUCAAGGAGAUCGAUGUCAUUGCUGUCGAUGAGGGUGGCAAGACUGGUGAGGUCGUCGGCUCUGGUGAGAAGCGUGAGGGUCUGUCCGCUGAGAAUGCGGUCCCUGGACAGCCCACCUUCCAGUUCACCAAUGUCGAGUAG